UGAUUCUGGCAUCACUGAUAAAGAAGCAGCCGCAUUGUUUUUCCAGCAACUUGAAAUAUUUGUUGAAGCAUUAAUAAUCGAUGCAAAUGCGUCUGUUUCGAAUUCAACCCCCACCGCUCCUCCACCAGUAUAUCGUUUACCUCCGGGUAAAUCUCGAGAAACUUCUACAGCGACUUCGCCUUCGAUACCAAGCACUCCUUUACCACCACUCAUGGACAAGAAACCAUCUAAACCACCAGAUGGUACAAUAAUAUCCUCUUAUUUAUAUAAUCAAAAAUCAAAAGAUCGUCAAAUGUUGGUUUUUGAAAAGAAUGGGUCUUGGUCAUGUCUAGUACCAUUGGUAGUCCCUGUAGCAUAUGUAAAAACUCGUGCUCAGAUUCCGGCAUUAGCGCUUAAUACGACUAUUACUCAAAUUCCUCUAUCAGAAGAAUUAAAAGAUAUUGGAAAAUCAUUUAAUUCUGAAACGUCUAAUGGCGAGAAUUUUGGCAUGACGAAUUUAUUAGAAGGCUUAAAUUAUGAUCCAUCAUUCAAGUCACCUACAGCUAGUCUACUACUCCCAACAAGUCGUCUAUUUGGCAAUGAAACUAGACGUUUGUCUUUAAAUUUAAGCACAAAUUCUUCUCCUCCAUUGAAACAUAAUAUACGUAAAGUUUUAUCUAUAAAGUCAGCACUCAAUGUUCGCAUGCGGACUACUAGUGUAUCUCCUUUAGAUCAUGUGUUAAUGAUGUCUGUCGAAUUGGAGAAUAACACUGAUGCGGGUUGCUCAUUUUCUGUUGAGGAAGUUAAAGUAGAUAUUGACCAUGGCUUUGUGACAAAAUAUGAUUGGGAAUCAGCAAAUAAGCAAUUG